GCCAUUUGCUUCCCAUUCCGACCGGACCUGCACCAUCCGCCUCUGGCACGCUGCCUACCUAGCACACAGCUAUGGCCUCAGAAACUCUUGAACCGACGCUGCAGAAUGUACUCGACCAGAAAUCACUCAAAUGGAUAUUCUGCGGUGGAAAGGGAGGCGUCGGCAAGACCACCACGUCAUGUUCCCUCGCUAUCCAACUAGCAUCAUGCCGCGAAUCCGUCCUGCUGAUCUCUACGGAUCCCGCGCACAACCUCUCCGACGCCUUCGGCCAGAAGUUCUCGAAAGAGGCGACAAAGGUGAACGGGUUCGGCAACCUGUACGCCAUGGAGAUCGACCCGACGAGCGCCAUCCAGGAGAUGGUCGAGCAAUCGGACUCGAACGGCAUGAUGGGCAGCAUGAUGCAGGAUCUCGCGUUCGCCAUCCCGGGUGUAGACGAGGCGAUGAGCUUCGCCGAGAUCAUGAAACACGUCAAGUCGAUGGAAUACUCCGUCAUCGUCUUCGACACCGCGCCGACGGGGCACACGCUCCGCUUCCUCUCCUUCCCGACCGUCCUCGAGAAGGCGCUCGGCAAGCUCAGCGCGCUGAGCGGGCGCAUCGGGCCCAUGAUCAACCAGAUGACCAGCCUGAUGGGCGGUUCUGCCGACGCACCAGAAGACAUGUUCGCGAAGCUCGAGUCCAUGCGGGAGGUCAUCACCGAGGUGAACACGCAAUUCAAAGACCCCGAAAAGACGACCUUCGUCUGUGUCUGCAUCUCCGAGUUCCUCUCCCUCUACGAGACCGAGCGGCUGGUGCAGGAGCUGACGGCGUACGAGAUCGACACGCACAACAUCGUCGUGAACCAGCUCCUCUUCCCCAAAGAAAGCUCGAACUGCGACCACUGCCGCGUGCGGCAUAACAUGCAGCAGAAGUACCUCAACGAGGCACACGAGCUCUACGACGAGUUCUUCCACAUCGUGCAGCUCCCGCUGCUCACCGAGGAGGUGCGCGGCCCGCAGAAGCUCCAGGAGUUCAGCAAGAUGCUCGUGCAGCCGUACGUGCCUGAUCUCGAUUGACCGGGCGUGCCUCCGCCGGUGUCGCGCGCGCACUCCGCGAUCCUUUAGCGCCACGAUCGGACCCCCCAACCCAAUCUCUCCAGCCCCCGGUGAACGCCGCACGCGCAACCCCGUGCCAUUCGGGAUCGCGCAUACCCUUGCUAGACGCAUGACCUCAUCCUGUAGUGGUACACGCUAGUAUUCAUUUCUGACAUGACAAUAAUGCAACGAUGCCAGCAGCA